AACCCCCCAAAUUAAAUACAUUAAAAACCGAAAAAUUGCUGCGGUCGCCACAUCUAUCUCAGUGCUCCGAUAAGACAGCAAUGUUCGUUUCCGACAAGCCCCGUCCUAUCGAUUUCUACAAAGACGAUAACACCACCACCGCACGCGACAACAUGAUCAUCGACGUCCCCACCAACGCACCAGGAAGAGAUCUACAUCCCCACCACAACCACCAUCACCAUCUCCAGCCGCAGCAGAUUCUCCUCGGAGAAAGCAGCGGCGAGGACCACGAAGUGAAAGCUCCCAAGAAACGAGCGGAGACGUGGGUCCAAGACGAGACACGCUCCCUGAUCAUGUUCCGCCGAGGCAUGGACGGACUCUUCAACACCUCCAAGUCCAACAAGCAUCUCUGGGAGCAGAUCUCCGCCAAGAUGCGGGAGAAAGGCUUCGAUCGGUCUCCGACCAUGUGUACCGACAAAUGGAGGAAUCUGUUGAAGGAGUUCAAGAAGGCUAAGCAUCGUGACAGAGGGAAUAGAUCGGCGAAGAUGUCGUAUUACAAGGAGAUUGAAGAGAUUCUUAGGGAGAGGAGCAAGAAAGUGACGGCGACGGGACAGUACAGCAAGAGCCCUAAUGCAACGCCCACUGCUAAAGUUGAUUCCUUUAUGCAGUUUACUGACAAAGGUUUUGAUGAUCCGAGCAUUUCUUUUGGAUCUGUUGAAGCUAAUGGAAGGCCAGCGUUAAACCUUGAAAGGCGUCUUGACCAUGAUGGUCAUCCUCUUGCGAUCGCUACAGUUGAUGUUGUUGCAGCAAAUGGAGUUCCUCCUUGGAAUUGGAGAGAGACUCCUGGAAACGGUGGCGAUUCUCAUGGUCAGCCUUUUGGUGGGAGGGUCAUAACUGUUAAAUUUGGCGACUAUACAAGAAGAAUCGGCGUUGAUGGUAGCACUGAAGCAAUCAAAGACACUAUCAGAUCCGCUUUUGGGUUAAGAACACGACGGGCUUUUUGGUUAGAGGAUGAAGACCAGGUUGUUCGUUGUCUUGACCGAGACAUGCCCUUAGGGAACUAUCUACUUCAUGUAGAUGAUGGACUAGCUAUUAGAGUUUGCCAUUAUGAUGAAUCCAACCAGUUACCAGUCCAUACAGAAGAGAAAGUCUUCUACACGGAAGAAGAUUACCGUGAUUUUCUAGCUAGACGGGGAUGGACAUGUCUGCAAUUUGAUGGUUUUAGGAACAUAGACAACAUGGAUGAUCUUCAACCAGGUGCUGUGUACCGAGGAGUGAGAUGAGAGAAUGUGAACUUCUCGUCUUAAACCAUCAACAGAUAAUCUAAUCACAAAAACUGUAUCAUGUGAAUAAAUGUUUUCACACUCCCUUUGUACAUUUCCGCUUUUUUGUUUCCUACCUACUGAGAAGAACAAAAAAUGUACUUCUUCAAAUGUAACAACAUAUCAACUUGGAUUCAACUUGCAUGCCAAUAAGACCUCAAAUUGUAUU